AUGGACGCAGCAAUCGACCUCUCCGACCCUGGCCGCGCUCUGUCACUACCACAUAUUCGCUACCAGUUGAUACGACUAGAAGACACGGUCCUCUUCCACAUGAUAGAACGAGCUCAAUUCCCUCUCAACAGCACAAUCUACAAACCCGGCGCCAUCCCAAUAGCUGGCUCUUCUUCCGACUUAUCUUUCAUGGACUGGGUGCUCCGCAGCCAAGAAGAAGUGCAAUCCAAGAUCCGACGCUACCAAUCGCCGGAUGAGUAUCCUUUCUUCCCGGACGCUAUGUCAGAGCUUGUGCUGCCGCCAUUGAAGUACCCGAAGGUAUUAUGGGAGAACGACGUUUGCGUCACCGAUGAGCUGAAACGACGUUAUGUUGAUGAUGUUCUACCUGGUGUCUGUGCCGAUGUGGGGAGAGAAGAGCGGCCAGAAGCGCAAGAGAAUUAUGGCUCGGCUGCUACCGCGGAUGUAUCAUGUCUACAAUCACUUUCUCGUCGAAUCCACUUUGGCAAAUUCGUGGCGGAGAGCAAAUUCGUCAAGGAAGAAGAACGUUUCGUGCGGCUGAUCAAGGCAGAGGAUCGAAAAGGCAUUGACGAGGGUAUCACUGAUUUGAAGGUCGAGAAGAAAGUCCUGGAGAGGCUGAGGUUGAAGGCAGAGAUGUAUGGUGUGGACUCGAAUAUGGACGCUGAGGCGCCACGGAAGAUUAAUGUUGAUGCUGUGGUGGCAAUGUACAAGGAUCAUGUUAUCCCCUUGACGAAGAUCGUGGAGGUCGAGUACCUUAUGCAGAGGCUGAAGGGAACCAAAUGGGAAUGA